GAAACACGAGCCUCUUUUUCUCUCGGUAGCACGAGCUACUUCAUCUCUCCGUGGCUGCUACUUCUGCUUCUUCCGCCGCUGCCGCUGCCGCCGUUGCCGCUGUCACCGUUGUGUCGCACAAUCUCUCUCUCUAUCAUCCCUUGCGUCGCACGAGAUCCCUCUUCUGCCGCUCUCGUCGCAUCUACUCCCAUCGUCGCAGAGCUCUCUCUGCCGCUGCUCUCAUCGCAUCUGCUCCCUCUGGCUCCUCUUCUAUCUAAUCUCAACUCGCUCUCUCAGUUCUUCUCGUAACCAUCUCAAAUUUCAGGUUUUCUCUGAAGAAAGGUGGAAGGGAUGGUGAUGAUGGUACUGAAGAUGGGUGGAAGGAAGGGAAGUUACAUUGCUCCUCAACUGCGAUCGCAUUCUCAACUGACACUCUGAGAUCUGGUUCUGCUUCUGCUUUGAACCUCCAUCAUCAUUCCUACUGUUGUCUCGCAUUCUUCACCGAUGCCUGGGAUCUACAAUGGACUUCUUCAAUUAGAUGGUAUAAAGAUGGUUAACCAAUUGCUUGCUGGAGUUCACAUAGUAUUAGCUGCUGAGGUAAUGGCAUUUGGAGCAAGACUGGGUCUGAUUUUAUUACAAUUAGUGGGGGUACAUCAUUUUGGUGAAAUGAUGGUUUCUGAAGAAAAACUCAUAACACUGCUGGAGCAGAUAAACAACCAAACAACAAGGCAGACCAAAGUUACAGUAAGUUGUAUGAUAUUGGUUAUGUUGUUCAAUUCUCCACAAGUCCAUGUAUUUACGGUGCCAUUUAUGUUACUAAUUUUUCCCAGCAUUAGUUUGUGCCUAACCCUUCAUUUUCCUUUCAUUCUUUCGAAUCUUGUUAUUGACAGCCUUCAGAACUGUAAAGAUACACUUGCAACGUGCCAAAAUGAACUUGAGGCUGCUAAAUCUGAGAUUCAAAGUUGGCAUUCUUCAAUUCAAAAUGAGCCUUGUGUACCUGCUGGUGCCACUCCUGAGCCCAAAAUGUUGCUUGAACAGGGAAACCAAACUCCACUCUUGAUGAGGCAGAAACAGCGCUAUCAGUAUUUGUUUGCUCUAGAACCUGCUACUCUUGUUCCUCUUCAGCUUUUAAAGUCAAGUGGAACCAAAUGCAUAAUGAAGAAAAUAAAGAUAACUCUACAUAAACUAAUCAUGGCUUUACCUUAUUCAUUUGCUACUACUACUAAAUCUUCAGAAGAUAACAUAGAACUACAAGCAAAGGGUCCAAAGCUAGAGAUAGGUUCACCUAUUAUUUUUACAGAGGCUCCUAAAAUGAUUAAGACUGUUGCUUCUGUUCCAUGUCUUAGGGUUAAUUCUAGUUUGGUCAAGCCUGGUGAUGUUGGAAGUGAUACUGAAUAA